GUGUGCGUGUGUGUAUGUGUGUGUAAGCUGUCUCUCAUGUUGAUCCCGUUUGAGUCGAAGGAAACCUGACGUUGGGAAAUUAGCUACUAGACUACACCUCCAGACAAAUCAUUGCACGGUGACACCUUGUUGCCACCGGUCAACCUGUGUUGUCUGAGCUAAAAGAACAGUUCACAACGAUGACCCAGCCUCGACUAGAUGAGUUCAGGUCUCCUCCGGAGUGCCCAGUCUUCGAACCCAGCUGGGAAGAAUUCGGUGAUCCUUUUGCUUUUAUUAAUAAGAUCCGUCCAAUCGCGGAAAAAACUGGAAUUUGUAAGGUUCGCCCACCUCCGGACUGGCAGCCUCCAUUUGCUUGUGAUGUUGACAGACUUCACUUCACUCCUCGAAUCCAGAGGCUCAAUGAAUUGGAGGCACAGACUAGAGUCAAGCUUAAUUUCUUGGACCAGAUCGCCAAAUUUUGGGAUUUGCAGGGAUGUGCCCUAAAGAUUCCUCACGUGGAGCGCAAAAUUUUGGACCUGUAUCAACUCAAUAAGCUGGUGGCAGAUGAGGGGGGAUUUGAUAUUGUAUGUAGAGAGAGGAAAUGGACCAAGAUUGCAAUGACCAUGGGCUUUGCACCUGGCAAGGCUGUGGGCUCUCACCUCCGUUCACACUAUGAGAGAAUCCUCUACCCCUAUAACCUCUUCCAAAGUGGAGCAAACCUUCUGGCGCCAGAGCUAGCUUCCAAACUGAUGCGUUUAGUGGCUGAUCCUGAUCUUGAGAAGAAGCCCACCAUGCCUGUGGAUAGCAGUGAUAAGGAGUUCAAGCUCCACGACCUGGCUCAGCAUCAGUUUGUCCAGCCAACUGAGACUUGCCCCAAUGCCCGCAGAGCCAAGCGCAUGAGAUCUGAAGUGGACGCUCUUGACCAGAGCCACACACACUUUGCAGAAGAACUCCACCUAAAACCAUCUGGCUGUGUAAAGACAGAACCAGGGGAACCCUGUGAGAACAGGCCCAACCUGAGGAGGAGGAUGGGCUCUUUUGUAGCUAAGCCUGAGCCAGAGAAAGAGAUACCUAUUCCAGUGAAACAGGAGCCCCAGGAGAGUAAGGAACCGGUGAGCGAAGCAGACAAAAACAAGUCACGGUAUAAGAAACCUGCCCCUCCAGUGAGCACAGUGGACCUGUACGUGUGUCUGGUGUGCAGCAGUGGGAGUGACGAGGACCGUCUGUUGCUGUGUGACGGCUGUGAUGACAGCUACCACACAUUUUGUCUCAUCCCCCCUCUUAGCGACGUCCCAAAGGGGGAUUGGAGGUGCCCCAAGUGCCUGGCUCAGGAAUGCAGCAAACCUCAGGAGGCCUUUGGCUUUGAGCAGGCAUACAGGGACUAUUCCUUGCGUGCAUUUGGGGACAUGGCAGACUCCUUCAAAUCUGAUUACUUCAACAUGCCAGUUCAUAUGGUUCCUACAGAGCUAGUGGAGAAAGAGUUCUGGCGUUUGGUGGGGGCCAUAGAGGAAGACGUCACUGUCGAGUAUGGAGCAGACAUAGCCUCCAAGGAGUUUGGGAGUGGAUUCCCCAUCAAAAAUGGAAGAUUUAAGGUUGCUCCUGCCGAUGAGAAGUAUCUCAAGUGUGGUUGGAACCUGAACAACAUGGCAAUGAUGGAUCCUUCUGUGCUGACCCAUGUCACGGCUGACAUCUGUGGGAUGACCCUGCCCUGGCUCUACGUGGGCAUGUGCUUCUCUUCCUUCUGCUGGCACAUCGAGGACCACUGGAGCUACUCCAUCAACUACCUGCACUGGGGGGAGCCCAAAACAUGGUAUGGUGCUCCUGGAUUUGCUGCGGAGCAACUGGAGGAGGUGAUGAGGAAACUGGCCCCUGAGCUGUUUGACUCCCAGCCUGACCUGCUGCACCAGCUGGUCACCAUUAUGAACCCCAACACCCUCAUGGCCCACGGAGUCCCAAUUUACAGAACCAAUCAGUGUGCUGGUGAGUUUGUCAUCACUUUUCCCAGAGCCUACCACAGUGGCUUCAACCAGGGCUUCAACUUUGCCGAGGCUGUCAACUUUUGCACUGUGGACUGGAUGCCCCUGGGUAGGCAGUGUGUAGACCACUACCGCCUGCUCAACCGCUACUGUGUCUUCUCCCAUGACGAGAUGGUCUGCAACAUGGCCUCCAAGGCCAACAGUCUGGAUGUAGUCCUGGCCUCUGCAGUACAGAAGGACAUGUCCACUAUGAUCAGAGAAGAGCGAGACCUGCGAGAGAAAGUCAGAAAGAUGGGAGUGUUGCAUUGCCAGGAGGCGAAAUACGAUCACCUCCAAGACGAUGAGCGGCAGUGUGCCAAGUGUAGGACCACCUGUUACCUGUCUGCCAUCACCUGUCCCUGCAGCCCCGGGGUGCUUGUGUGUCUCCACCACAUCAAGGACCUCUGUGCCUGCCCUCUCAGCAACUACACACUGAAUUACAGAUUUACACUGGAUGACCUCUACCCCAUGAUGAAUGCUGUGAAGCAGCGUGCCGAGUCAUACGACGACUGGGCGGCUCGUGUGACCGACACUCUGGAGGCUAAACUAGACAAGAAAAAAGGCCUGGCUGUAUUCCACUCCCUCGUUGAGGAAUCUGAGUCCAACAUGUUCCCUGACAACGACCAGCUCCGCCAGCUCCGUCUGGUCACUCAGGAUUCAGAGAAGUGUGCCUCGGUGGCACAGCAGCUCCUCAAGGGGAAAAGGCAGACCAGGUACCGGUGUGGUGGGGGGAAGUCCCAAAGUCAUCUGACUGUGGAGGAGCUGAGGUCAUUUGUUAGGCAGCUGUACAACCUCCCCUGCAGUCUCAGCCAAGCCCCCCUGUUGAAGGAGCUGCUGAAUCGCAUCGAGGACUUCCAGCAGCACAGUGAGAAGGUCCUGGCCGACGACGUUCCAGGAACAGAGGAGAUCCAAGGCCUGCUGGACAUCAGCUUUGACUUUGACAUGGAGCUGCCUGAGCUGCCUCUCCUGCGGGUGAGGCUGGAGCAGGCGCGCUGGCUGGAGGGGGUCCAGCAGGCUGGCUCCCAGCCUGCCACCCUGUCCCUGGACACCAUGAGGAGGCUCAUCGACCAGGGCGUGGGCUUGGCCCCCCACCCCUCUGUGGAGAAGGCCAUGGCUCGCCUGCAGGAGCUGCUCACUGUGUCUGAACACUGGGAGGAGAAGGCAAACAGUCUUCUCAAGGCCAGGCCCCCCCACUCACUCGAGACCCUGACGGGGGCUGCUGCCAAGGUGGAGUCCAUCCCUGCUUACCUCCCCAACUGUCUACUGCUGAAGGACUCCAUCAACAGAGCCAGAGAGUGGCUUCAGGAAGCUGAAGAACUUCAGGUUGGAGGCUGUGUCCCCAUGUUGGACAGCUUGUCUGACAUGGUGCUGCGAGGGCAGGCCAUCCAGGUCCACCUGGAGCCCCUGGAGCUGCUGGAGUCCCUGGUGGCAGAGGUGCAGGCCUGGAAGGAGAGCGCAGCCAAAAUGUUCCUUAGGAGAAAUUCUUCCUUUACCUUGCUCGAGGUCCUGUGUCCGAGAUGUGAGGUUGGACACUGGUCUCCCAAAAGGAAGUCCAAGAAAGCGAAAGAUAGCCCUCAGCACAGCAAGAAGAGGAUGGUGCGGCUGGACUGCCUGAGUGAUGUGGAAAGGGCCCUUUUAGAAAGCAAGGACUCUACCUCUGCUAUGGCAACUCUUGGGGAAGUGCGGUUAAGGGAGAUGGAGGUUCUCUCCUCUCUCAGGGCAGCUAACGAGUCGAAGCUCCUCCCCACCACUGAGUGUAUGGACCUGAAGGUGUGUGUGUGUCAGAAGCCCCCCAUGGGAGCCAUGUUACAGUGCGAGCUCUGCAGGGACGCCUUCCACAGUGUGUGUGUGAGGGACCCCUCCAACACCCGCUCAGCCCAGCCCUGGUUGUGCCCUCUCUGCCAGCGCUCAGAGAAGCCACCACUAGACAAGGCGCUGUCCCUGCUGGCCUCCCUGCAGCGUAUAAAGGUACGCCUGCCAGAGGGCGACGCGCUGCGCUACAUGAUUGAAAGGACAGUCAGCUGGCAAGACAGAGUGGAAAAAGUCUCAGACCCCUGUGACCUACCAGAGCUGGAGGAGAGACCCAGGACUCCACCUACUCCUUCCGACAGGGCAUUCCCCAAUCACGCCGCUGACACAAACGAACAGGCUCCAUAUUUGACUCCAGAGUGGAACAGGACAAGCAGCAUUCAGACAGUCUUCUACACAGAGCAGCGGUGCAUCCCCUUGCAGGGUUUGAGUCCGGAGCUGGAGGAGUUGAUGGUUGAAGGUCUCCUGCUGCAGGUGUCCGUACCAGAAAUCCCUAGCCUUUACUACAUGUUACUGAACGGUUUAAGGACUCAACACACCGGCGGCAACAUGUUGUCACAGGAUGACCCCUCAGAAUGUGACAAUCACAAGCAGUGUAAAUCUCAGGGAAGGAAUCAGCCACAAAAUGAGAAUGGAGGUCACGACACGCAGAGGGAAGUGGUGAGCGUUGCAGAGAAGAAGGCCAAGCGACGCUUGGAGAGGGCGGGUCUGGAAGCGGAACGCAGGGACAAGGCCAAAAAGCUCCAACGCAAGCGCCAGAAGGUGAACAAAGACAAGAACCUGGAGCGCCGAGCAGCUUCCACCUCCUCUUCUCCUCGCUCAGACUUUUCUCAGUCCGACAACUCUGAUGAGGAGAUGGUCAUGUGUCCGGCAGAGAGAUGCCAGCUGCCAGAGGGAGAUGAGGUGGAUUGGGUCCAGUGUGAUGGCAGCUGUAACCAGUGGUUCCACCAGGUCUGUGUGGGCGUGUCGGCCGAGCUGGCAGAGAAGGAGGACUACGUUUGUGUCAGUUGUACAUUAAAGGAUGGACACAUGAAGUGAGGAAAAAACAGAAAACAAUAGUUUUUUUUUAAGGAAACCUGGAGGACUGCUCAUCCUCACUCCAUUAGCAAGCCACCAGUCUGGAUGUGUCACUGACCCCGCCUCCAUAGUGCCCCCUGCCCUGUGGUUCCCUCUCCAUCCCCUUUGUAACUACGGUGCUAUCUCCUCUAUAUUGGAUCGUUGUCCCGAACUAUACUAUUUGCUUACUUUUUGUAUUUUUUACUUAUAUUUCUUUCCUCUUAUGAUCUAUUUGUGGUUGUCUAAAUAAGUAUGGGGAUGUGGGAUCUGCAUGGGUUUCCAUCACACGUUUGCAAAGGAGUCUUAACAAUAAUGAUGCACCCUGUUAAGAUCAAGGGUUAAUACUGUCUUUGGAACGUCCUUGCAUGCAAAACCAGAGAAACUGGGAGAGGAUAGAGGAUUUGACACCUCCCCUUAAAAAAAUCUGAAUAAAUAAAUAAAUGAUAACCUUUUUUUUGUUAAACCCCGGUGUUUAGUACAUUCAUCUUAAUUAUAUAAUUAUUCCCAAUUUUUGUAGAUUAGAUUUAUUUAUCUGAGCAAUAAUGUUUGUCUGAUUUGGCUUUAAUGGCUUGAUCUCUGCUAAAAUGUGUGUUGGUGUUUUUCCAAUGGUUUCAUGUACAGAAAGAUAAUAGGUUGUUGGGUAACAGUUGUGGAAUUGAGAUUUAGCAGACAGAAGGAUAAAGAAACUGUAUAAUGGUACUUUUUCUGACACAUUAUGUACUUUGGGUAGGUAACUUCGGGAAGCGAGAGUGCGGGGCAGAUGAAGACGUUGCCGUUUAUAUUGUGGAAUAAAACGUUUUGUUCUAAUAUCAAAA